CGGUGGCGCCGGGGCGGUUCCCGGGGCUCGGCGCGGCGCCGGCGGGCGGGAGGCCACGGUGGCGGGUCCGCACGCCGGCAGGAUGGUGCCGGUCCCCGUCGCGGCGCUCUGGGCUCUGGCUCCCCUCCUCGUCCGGGCAGACCAGCCCCCCGUCACCGUCACAGCGGCUGUCGGCCAGGACGCCUGCCUGCCCUGCGGCACCCAGCCCUGGGGACGCCUGCGCGGGGUCACCCUCACCUGCACCCACCAGGCUGGCGCCCACCACCCCGUCCCCGUCCUCAGCCACCGCCUGGGCUGGCACCCGCCGCCGGAGCCGGGCUGGCACCCGCCGGAGGAGCCCGACAGCCGGUUUAGGGGCAGAGUCGCCUUCUGUGCCGUGGGACCGGGGGACACCGGCGUGUCCCUGCUGCUGAGGAACCUCAGCGAUCCCGAUUUCGGGAAUUAUUCCCGCUACGUGGCCGCCGCCGCCGCCGAUGCCCCGCGGCUCCUCUGCAGCCUGGUCCUGAAGCCCGCCGAGGAAGAGGUCCUGAAAAAUGCCGAGCCGGACAUGAUCAUGGUGGUGUGUGUCCUCACCGCCGCCUUCACCGCGGUGGCCAUCGGGGUCCUCAUCUGCUGCCGCUGCGGGAGGCGGUGCUGCGGGCGCAGAGCGCGAGGGUCAGCCCCGGAGACCGGAGCUGCGGAUGAAGGAGGAGGAGCAGCGGUGGCUUUGAGUGACCUGAAGAGUCUCAAUGCCUGAGGGCACCGGCGGCCCCAUGGAGGAGCUCCAGCAGUGACCCCGGUGCAGGAUGCGGCCCUGGCUCCACCGAAGGGGGGCCUGG